AUGUUCUCCGAGGUUUCAGAAACUCCGAAGAAGAUGAAAAAUCACUGCAAUCUAAACUCAAAAGCCCUGGAAAACAAAUACGAGGAGGACAAAAUCUCCAGCCUGCCUGAACCCAUCUUGCAUGACAUUCUAUCCUAUCUUCCCACGAAAGACGCUGCGAAAACCUCUGCCCUGUCCAAAACCUGGAAUGCCACCUGGAAAUCAUUCCCGAUCCUGGAUUUCAACCAAUACUCCUUCCAAGAAUCCGUAUACUCAAGAACAGCCCACAAGAAUCACAGUGAAAUUACCAAAGAUUUCUGUGACUACGUGGAUGAAUUCUUGACUAAUCGUGAAGGGCUUACAAAUAUCGAAAAAUUCCAGGCUGUCGUGAAUUUCCAGGGCUGUAGACUCAGAUAUCACAGAAAUCUCGACAGGUGGUUAAAUUAUGCGAUAGAAAACAAUGUUGAAGACUUGGUUCUUGCCUAUCACACGAGGGCUACGACUAAAGGGGGACAUUGGUACUACAAUUUAACUGUGUCCCUUUUUCGUGCUAAGUCAUUGGAAAACCUGGAUUUGUUCGGCUGUCAGUUUACUGCAUCAAGAUUUAGUACCGGGAUUGGAUUUUCUUUGCGAAAAUUCAGGCUUUCACAGGUUUAUAUCGAUCAAGAAACCUUACAGGGUAUUAUUUCCAGUUCUUGCCUUCUUGAAGAACUCAGCCUCCGGUUCUGCAAAGGUUUCCAGGUUUUAAGAGUUGCUGGCCCGAAACUGGAGAGUGUUGAUUUGUAUCUUGGUAGAGAUCAGGUUCAGAUCGUGGCCGUUGCAGCGCCAAAUCUACAUUCCCUUAGUUACGGCGGGGGUUCUGCCAGCGUCCGGGGUAGUCUUCAGGCUUCCGAGAAGUAUGAAAACCUCAAAGAACUGAGAUUGCACGAUACUGACAUAACAGAUGACUUUUUUCAAGUAAUUCCAGAGUUUUCAGGACUAGACAAGCUGGAAGUUAACAGGUGCUGCUCGCUGGAAAGAAUUCGGAUUUCCAGCGUUCAGAUUUUGGAUCUGUGUAUAUGUGAUUGUGCUAGACUUAAGGAAAUUCAACUCGACACUCGUCGUCUGGGUCGUUUUAGGUACGAUAGCUAUGAUGUAGAUCUUCAGGGGCUUUGA